GCUGAGCUAGCUAGCUAGCUAGCUGCGCUGUGACAGGUGUUCUGAGGCUCAUCAACAUGUCCGACAAGAAAAGUGAAAAGGAAAGUUUUAUCGAAAAAGUUCUGAGAUCUGUUCUCAUUUCUAGCAAAGGUGGAGUACCCUUGCAGAAGCUCAACCAUGAGUUCAAAGAUCUCCUGGGUCAAGAUAUUCCAUAUCGAGAAAAUGGUUUUAAGAAUCUGGAGGCCUAUCUACGUACCAUGCCGACAGUCUGUCAAAUAAAGAGAGACCCGUCAACUGGCAAUACUGUUUGUAUGGGUGUAGCCAAUGAGGAAACCAAGCAUGUGGAUCGCCUAGUCAAAAAACAGAAGGCUACAAAGAAGAAGAGCAAGCCUGCACGUCUGCCCAAAUAUUCUGGUCGAUCUGGUAAUCGAUCUUACAGACCUCCACCACGCCCCAAGCCUGGUUUUCACUCGCAACAGCAGUAUCCACCAAAGAAGUUCACCAAUUAUCCUUCAGGAAGGAAUGCUCCAGGGUCUUCUAGUGGUCCUUAUCAGGGAAACACUGGUCCUCAUAGUGGUACAUGUACCUAUCAGAGAAAUGAUAUCGCCAAUGCAAAGAAUGAUCGUCCUCGCAGUGGUCCUCAUCAGAGGACUCAACGCAGUGGCGGGGGUGGUGAAGGCUGGAACUCAAAUCCUCAGAAUUCUGGAAAUAGAUCUUUUGCAAACUCUCAGAGGCAUAAUCAAGGGCAAAAGACACAUCAUUAUCAACAUCAACAUUCCAGUUCGUAUGAGUUACCACCAAGAUUCAGGAGACAGAUUCACAGUACUGGGAGUGCUGGUGAAGAUUCACCUGAGCCUUCAUCUCAUGAAGAAAGAAGCAGAUCAGACAGUGACUACCCUGUGAUGGAGGAGAGUAAUAACAAUCAGCAUGACAGAGAAGAGCUGCCCAAGGAGCCCCCUCAGCAACCACACCAGCCUCCUCCUGUAGAUGACAAGAUUGUUAGCUGGGUCAGUGAGACAUUGGCAGAAAAGACUGGAGGGCUGUGGCUGAGUGGGCUGAAGAAGCUCUACAAGGAGGAAUUCCAAUCAACUAUGGAAGAUGAUCUCAUCCACAAACUCUCAAGGCUUAGUUUAUGGACCGCUGAGGAAAUCGGGUGUCAGAGUGAUCCCAUUCUUUAUCUUAACCUGAGAGUAAAGGAUUCUAAAGCCCCUUCUGUUGACCUCCGCACUAAAAUUAAAGGGAAGAGUCAUCGGGUCACUGAUAGUGUUGUUGGGAAUGAUCAGAUCCUGUACCCUAAUUUGAAGGUGGAGAUCUCCCAGUCACCACUCUCUGGCAAAGAAAGGCGCAAUGUCACAUCUUUAAACUCAAACAGACCCCCAACAGUGCCUGGUAUAGUCAUUCCCGAGGAAGACUGUCUAUGGGAAGUUUAUGUAUCAUAUAUCAUAAGUGUAGUGGAUUUCUAUUGUGUCAUCAUGGGGGAUGAAUAUGCUGAUAAGCUAUGUACUCUGGAAGAUGAUAUGAGGGAGUUCUAUGAAGCAGACGAUCCCAAUUUCAGAUUGAGCAAUUCGCCUACUGUUGACAGUCUUUAUGCUGCUCAAAUGGAUGAUGGGUGGCUCAGGGUGAAGGUUGUAGCCAUUGACAACCAGGAGGCUGGUUGUUUUCUGGUUGAUCAUGGUGAUGUAGAAUCUGUUCCAUUUGAUGAUCUAAGAGUUCUUGACCCUUCGUUCUAUCAACUAGCCUUCCAGGCUAUUCCUUGUAAGUUACAUGGCAUGGACAAUAAAGCAACCAGUAAAACUGCAACAACAAGAUUCUGCAAUGUUGCUUUGGGUCAGAUUCGACUUGCACAGGUUAUAUCAAAGGAGUCGAAACGUCUUUCACUAACAUUGUACAGAGACCGACUGAACAUUAACUAUCUGUGUGCCCUUGGGGAAGUUGCCUAGUCGCUAUAACUCUUGCCUCUACACUACAGUGUCCUUGAAUGGACAGAUGAUUAGCUUUUGCUGCCCUUGGAAACAAGUAAUGCAUUUUAAUAUGGCAUGAAUCGUCUAGAGUUGCUUCAUCAACUCCAUUUGCUGAGGAGAAGAUAGAGAGGUUGUAUAAAGAACUGUUAUGGAUGUGUUCAAGAAUCAAAGAAAUGGCUUCUUUGCUGCAGUGAGAAUGAGCUGGAUGUAUCUGUAGAUGCUUCAUCUGGUUCAUUCUCUGAUGAAAAGACUGACAGCUGUGAGGUAUUGUUCUAUUUGCAGCAGAUUUUAUUCUCUUCUCUGCAGUGAGAGAUGGGCUAGAGUAAUAAUAAUCAUUUGUAUAGCGCCAUCUAUCUAGAAACAAUCUAUUCCAAGGCGCAUUCUUCUUAUUAUUAUUACCCUGGCCUUAGCUCGAGCUGCCUUUCAGCACUUAUCUGUAGCUCUUUCAUCCGCUUCAGUAUCUGAAGAAAAGACUAUUAAACAUAGCAUUUAGUAUUGUUACCAGCAGAUAUUGCCUUCUUGCUGCAGUAGAAAAGGACCAAGACUUACACAGGUGCUGGGUAGUGUUCUAGUACCAGCAGAUACCGCCACCCUGUUGCAGAUGGAAUGGGCAUUUGGAGCCACUCACUGCUGUACUGAAAAGAAAAGACUGAUGGAUCGUAUGAAAGAGAUGCCUUGAUGUGUCCUUGUUCCUGUAGAUACUUUGCUAGAGUGUGAACAAGCAGUCUGUCUGUAAAUGCUGAAUUCUCUGGAAAUGGGAUUGACAGAUAGUAUGGAACUACUGUUGGGACCAAGGGAUCAAGCAAAUAUAAGGUUUUGAAGUAGAGCAGUGUCAUGCUGAUAUAUUCAACUGUAAUAAGCAAGAUGAUGAUGAUCAGUCUAGAUGCAUGUACUGUAGUUGUGAUGGUUUGUGAAAUUUUACACUUUUGAGAUGUAAGAACAUCAUGUAGCAAACUUAUCAUUUGGGAGUUUUGUAAACAGUCAUUUAGACAAUGAUUGUUGUAUCUUGAUGUAUUAUUUGUUUAUGUGCAGAUUAACUCCUAAUUAAGAAGGAUUUCUAGAUUAGUCACAUACUCUAAUAUAGAAGUCAUGUAUUUGCCUAUGUGUCCACUAAAGUUAUCAGUAAACAGACUGCUACUGCUGGACGUUUAAUUGAGCAUACAUGUAUGCCUAUGUUCACUGUACGUUUGUUAUGACAAAACCUUCCCUUAAUCCCAUUUAUUGAUAUCAAGAAUUGCCUUGUUAACAACACAAAUGAUUUCUUAUAUAAGGAAUUUGAAUUCUUGAUGUUUUGUGCCAUGAACAACAUGCAAUUCUUGAUGUCCCAAGUGGAAUGCUUGGUAUCCAGAAUUGGGAUUAAAAGAGAAAAUAGCUAACAACGUGAACAAUAUUGUUGGCAUAUGCUGGCUAAAACAUCAAGGUAUGACAGGGGUAUCAGUCAUGGUAGUUUUACAUAUACUUUCAGAACAGACAGGGUUAGAGUAAUGAUGAGAGGGAAGGGGAUGUUACAUGUAUAGUCAUUGUCAGACUGUGAUUUUCAUAAAUUGUGGGGAAAUUAUGCCCCUCAUUACCCGACCCACCUCCCCUCGUUCUAAAUUCAUUUGUUUAGGGUGUAUAAGAUAUAAUAGGGAAACAAUUUUAGGUCAAAUGCUAUAUAGACUUUGCCUUGAUAUUCAGUGACUUAGGAAAAUAGAAGACAUUCUACAAUUUUAACCCCUUCAUAAUACUUGCUGAGUAUUUCUCAUACAUUCUUGCAUAGAUUCAUAGUUAACCAUACUCAUCUUUGCUCUAAUAUCUGGGCAUACAAAUUGCAUUUUACAGCUUACAAUGGUCUGUAUUCACAAAGUGGUAUUAUUAUAAUUGAACUAUGGGCAUUCAAGUUCAACAAGUUGAUUUUUAAUGGCAUGUUGCCAUUUUUAUUGGAAUUCUGGUUUCUUACAUGAAAAGUCAUGAAAGUUUUGUACCGAUCUCAUGCAGAUUUUUUUUUAAUUCACACUCAUUGAUAUAAUCCAUGUACAUUUUUAACACAUUUAGCAUUGAUAAGUGCCAUGGCAUUAUGAAAACCAUGUUUGAAAUAUUAUGGUCCUUAAAUAGAGAAAGGUUGUUGACCUAUUUUUCUGGAAAGUGAAGUGGUUGCUAUCAAUCUUGUCUGGUAUACACACAACCUAAAAUCUAUAUCAUUGUUCAUGUAUUCAUAUUGUGACUAUGGUAAAGUAAAUCAAGCUUUUUAAUCAAUACUUUGUGUUUUAGCAUGAUGUAAACUUUUCAGAAGUAAUCACUUAAUUGAUUCAGAUGCAAUUUUGAAUUUGAUUUUUAAAAAAAUUAAACCUGGGAUUGUUUGUAUAUGCUCAAAUACAGAGUGAAUUCUCUUCUUAGCAUGCAUGGAUUGAAAUUUUCCUCAAUCUUACUUUAAUUUUGUGAAUCCAAUGCAGAUUUUCAAGAUUAUUUUAUAAUCAUUGCUUAUAUAGAUAAUGAUAUCACAUUAGCUGAUGUGUUAACAGUGUACCAUCGUAUGCAUUGGAUUGUAAACUGUAUGAUUUUUAUAUUCGCACAAGAACUAAGAAAAGAGAUAUGCAAAAUGAUAUGAGGUGAUCUGAGGAAAAAAUGAUUGCUCCAAUAUUUGGUAGAAAAAUUCUGCUUAUGUUGCUAUGUACAUUAACAUUUCCUGAAAUAUUUACGAAAGUAUACAAAUGUUUGGCUUUUAGUAUGGUAAAUUGGCUGGAUCUGGAAAAACAGUGUAAGUCAUGUUUUUUUGCUUUUGUUUCUUACGAAUUUCUUAUAGUUUUGAAUAUGCCCUUUCAUCUGGUAAAAUUUCAAGUUCGAACUCUAACCAUAUUUUGAGAUUCGAAAACCAGUUUUGGAAAAAUUUUCUCAAAAAUCAGAAAUUUAAAAGGCAAAACUACGUACAUGUAAGUCUUAUUUACAUAGUUUUAUUAGAACAACAGCUUCGAAAGUAGAAGUUGAUUCAUCCGGCAAAACUACGCAUCUCCUCCAUUUUUGCAUUGUAAUUGGCAGGAGAACCUCAUCACGCGCAGCUAGCUACAUGUAGUAUACUGCAUGUUACUUAGUGCAAUAAGGAACUGCCAUUUAAAACUUCUCAUGGUCAAUGUGGUGCCAUGGCUUCAAAUUCCAGAGCCUGGAAAGGGAAACGGAUUUUGAAUUUA